GGACGGAGGGGAGCCCCCUCGGCCGCCCUCAGCCCCACUCGCUACCUGUUGGAGAAGCGGCGUCGGAGCUGGGACCGGAGGGGGGGUCGGCGUGGCCUUGGCCUCUGGAGCUGCCGGCGCCCGGCUCUUUCCGCUCCUGAUUCCCCCUCGCGGUCGCAGCCCACCCUCCCGUGAGCGGGGAUGACCCUGUCCGGCAGCCUGAGCGCGAGCGACAUGUCCGGCCAGACGGUGCUGGCGGCCGAAGAUGUGGACAUCGACGUGGUGGGCGAAGGUGACGAGGGCCCGGAGGAGCGCGAGGGCGGCGGCGAGGCCGAGGGCGGCGGGGGCAGCCCAGCAUCGGGGCUGCCGGCCCAGCUGGCCCUGGACGAGGCGGCCGAGCUGCUGCUGGCCAAGGAGGCGUCAGCGGGCGAGGCGAGCUCGGGCAGCGGCAGCCCCGUCGAGGGUGAGAAGGCGGCCGAGGAAGGGGGCCCCGCGGCUACGGGGGCGGCUGCCGGGUCGGGGGGAGGCGGCGCCGGCAAGCCCAAGAACAGCCUGGUGAAGCCGCCCUACUCGUACAUCGCGCUGAUCACCAUGGCCAUCCUGCAGAGCCCGCAGAAGAAGCUGACGCUGAGCGGCAUCUGCGAGUUCAUCAGCAACCGCUUCCCCUACUACCGGGAGAAGUUCCCCGCCUGGCAGAACUCCAUCCGCCACAACCUCUCUCUCAACGACUGCUUCGUCAAGAUCCCCCGGGAGCCGGGCAACCCGGGCAAGGGCAACUACUGGACCCUGGACCCGCAGUCCGAGGACAUGUUCGACAACGGCUCCUUCCUGCGCCGCAGGAAGCGCUUCAAGCGGCACCAGCAGGAGCAGCUCCGCGAGCAGACGGCGCUCAUGAUGCACAGCUUCGGCGCCUACAGCCUGGCCGCCGCCGCCGCCGCCUCCGCCUCCUCGCCCGGGCCCUACGGGCGCGCCUACGGCCUCCCGCCCGGCGCCUACCCGCAUCCGGCCGCCCUCCAGUACCCCUACAUCCCGCCCGUCGGGCCCAUGCUGCCGCCCACCGUGCCCCUCCUGCCCUCCAGCGAGCUCAGCCGCAAAGCCUUCAACGCCCAGCUCAGCCCCAGCCUCCAGCUCCAACUCAGCAGCCUCAGCGCCGCCGCCGCCGCCGCUGCAGCCGCAGCCGCCGCCUCGGUCGGGGUCGGGGCCGCCGUCAAGGCCGAGCCCCCCAGCCGGCCCUCCUUCAGCAUCGAGAACAUCAUCGGCUGCGUGGGCGGCGGAGGCGGCGCGGCGGGCGGAGGGGGCGGCGGGGGGCCGGGGGGCGGCGCGGGGGGUCCCGGCGUGGCCCAGACCUUCCUCCGCCCGCCCGUCACCGUCCAGUCCGGCCUGCUGGCCCACCAGCCCCUCUCGCUGGCUCGCACCACGGCGGCCAUCACGCCCAUCCUCAGCGUGCCCACGAACAUGAUCUCGGGACAGUUCCUGCCGCCCGCCGCUCCGCCGGUCCAGGCCAAGUGGCCGGCGCAAUAGGGGGCCGCGCGCUGGGCCCGGGCCCCACAACCAGAAGGACCACGCGGGGGCUCCCCGCACCCCCCACCCCAGCGGCGCUGCCCGGGCCCGGCGCCAGGCACUCUGAGGCGCGCCCAGGCGGUCAGGACAGCAGGUAAACCUCGUGCGCCACCCAGGGCGACCGCUUUGUACAUAUUCGUGUGGGGAGGGGGCAGAAAGAAAACGAACACGAGGGACUGUCCUUGGCGGUUUUUAUUUUUCUAAAAACAGACCAGAUCUGGAAGCGAAGGGGGUGGCAUCAUUUUGAGAGAGGCUCCCGCAGAGACCGCGAGGGACCAGGAGCCCCGAACUUUCACUUUUGCUGAAGGUUCUUAUUCGUCUUGGUCGUUUUCUCCGACAGGAAUCCAAACACACCUGAACGGAAAGGGAAGGCUUUCUUCUUCUUCUUCUUCUUCUUCUUUUAACAAAAGGCGGCAAAAGAAUUGAACGGGGGGAAAUUACCGGGAAACACCGAGGGGGAAAUGGUCCCUGUCAGCCCAUUAUAGAAGUCUGUUUAUAUAUGAAUGAAGAUAUGUAUUCUUAAUGUUACUCCUUCGUGUUGUACACAGCUUUGUAAAUAAAUUUUUCAAACGGUG